AUGGGUGUUUCCACGGGGACAAAGUCCAAAGAGGCCUCCAAGAUCGAUGGCGCUGUGGUCACCGAGAAAUCUACUAAGCGGCCGCCUUCGUAUAAUCAGGCCGAUGAGACAGUGCUUGCUGUGCCUCCACUGAACCUCGGAGGGACCCGUACCAUCAACAACCCCGUAUCUGCUGAUCAGUGCGUCGCGCACUUGAAGCUCCUGGCCGUCCUAGCAGACUUGCGAGAUUCCAUCUCAAAUAACGAUGGCCUGUUUGGUCUCUUCGAUGUCGAGGCCGAGCGCUUCCCCACUUCAUCAAAUGAGGCAAACGCUCGUAUUCGCGAGAAGCGUUGGGCUGUGUACACGGCGCGCGCAGUGGAACGGUAUACUAAGUGGUGGUUUAGCUGCUUGCCCCGCUCGCGUCCCCACGUUACUAUAGAUGAUCUGGAGAAUCGCGAGUAUGAGACCAUUAUCGAGUCCCCCACGCAGGUCGUGUGGUCUCAGAAUAAUAUGCCCCCAAUCGAUAUUUUGAUGGUAUGGCAUUCUCACAUGCUCAACCCUCGAGACUUUCUCGAGGACUGCAUUCGAUAUGGUAGGAUGAGUACCUGGAGGACAGGAUUCCCUUUCGAAAUAAUGAACAACUGCAUCGACGAUCGGACGCUGGAGUAUAAGACCUCCGAAUCAAGUCAGCAAACUUUCGAGAAACAAGUCAAGCUGAAGUGGGACAAUCUACUCGAUCCGCCUGGCAAGGAGCUUGAAUGUCCCCGCUGUAAAAAGCCCAAUACCGUGCUUUGGACGGAAGGAGGGAUCGGAGAAUCACUUCAAGAAGCAUUCAAAGAGAAUAUAGGCUACGCUGAUGCCUCUUUUGAAGCAAAGUGCCAACAUUGCAACCUUGUCAUCAAUCACGACCGACUAAAGGUGGCCAAGUUCUAUCAAGACGUCUUGAACCUCUCACAGUUGGAUCAACCGAUGCCUGGGUCGAUUUACAAUCUCGAUGGUAUUCCAGAGGGCCCGAAACCCGGUCGGAAUACACUAGUCUGGAACAACAUGAUCUUUCCCAGUCGACUACUCGCAGCCAUUGAUCGGGAUAUGCUUGCAUUCACUGACCCUCGUCUGGAUCGGUGCAAGAGCAUCGAUGAUCUCCGCUCUCAAAUGGAGGUCAAGCUUCGCGAUAGAAAGGUCCUCCUAAAAAUCAACGGUCGAGGCCGAGGCCUUCUCCAAGGCGAAAGAGUACACUUCCGACGCAUGAUGUCUCACUACUGGGAUAACAGUAGCCCCUUCGCCCUCGACCUGGUUGGCGCGGUGAUUCGUCAAGGAACCUUCGUCCAGAAGAUGGAUAACAUUGACUGGUUGCACUCACCAACCGUCAUGGAGACUAGCGAACGGCUCAUCAAAAAGUACAAGGUCUUCAUGGAUAUUAUGCUCCAGAAUCCAACGAAGAUGGCCGUCCCAACCCUGGACGUUGACCUCGCCUGGCACACCCACCAACUCCAGCCACGAAACUACUACAACUACACCACCAUGGGGACAUACCAUGGCCACCGCCAGUUCAUCGAUCACGACGACAAAGUGGACGAAAACAAGCUCUCCGAAGGGUUCGAAUGGACGAGCAAGAUGUACCGCCGUGCCACCGACGGUGGUAUCUACAGCGAAUGCACAUGCUGGUACUGCGAAGCCACACGCGCCCCAGACAUUUACGACCGUCUAUUCAGUAUUGGGUCUUCAUCGCGGGCACGCAAUAACGCAGACUCCCUACACGAUCGCGCGGAUAUUUCCUCCGACCCGGAACGAAACCCGCAUAUUUCGGCUCACAACGCCGUUCGUCCGACCAGCCGGGCCACUCAAGAUCCCCGCGUGGGCCAUCUCCAGAGGAUUCGUCUCCAUCAAAACUACGAGAAGGCCGCUCGCCGCGCUGCAAAGCGCGGCCGGGCUCGUGGUGAUGCUAAAUCCGCCAAAGAUGGCGGGUAUGAGCCGAUGUACUAUGCGCCGUAUGUCUGGGGAUACCCUGUUAUUGUCCCGUAUUAUGCCCCAUAUAUGUGUGAUCCGGUGCCGGUGGUGUUGGAAAUUGCUGUUCUGGGACUUGUGGUGGGGGUGUUGCUGCUGGGUCAUGUGGUGGUAUUGGAUCUGCUGCUUGUGCUAGUGGCGGAGCAUGCGGCGGAGGCGGAGGAGGAGGAGGAUGUGGCGGUGGUGGAGGUGGAGGUGGUUGCGGCGGCGGCGGAGGUGGUGGAUGCGGUGGUGGUGGUGGUGGUUGCUGAAUCUCCACAGAGGUCAUACUUAUAUACUUCUGAGGCUGCUGUCAUAGCUUGA